UAGUUGUCCCUUGUAGUAUGAGGUUUGGUGAAACAAAUUCAAACAUUAAUGCUGCAAUUUCAUGUGCAGGUUAGGCUUGGCACAGAGAAAGGUUCAUCUGUUGUGAAAGUGGCAGUCACAGCACUCUAUUCUCUUCUAUUAACUUUCGGUCUCAGCAGAGAUCUUCCCUCUAGUUGCAUUAUACUGUGCCUUCUGACCUUACCUAUGGGAAAUCGGGUCGUUAGCUUUGUGGACGAGAAUCAUGAGGACAAGAGAUCAAUUUUCAUGGCAAAGUAUUAUUGCGUGAGGUUACAUGCUUUGUUCGGAGCUUCAUUAGCUGCUGGAUUGGUGAUAGCUAAAUUUGUCUCCAAGAGAUAUAUUCCAAGGUUGAUCUUAGCCUAAGUUCUCGACCUCGCCUCAUGCAUCAAGGACUUGAUGAGGUACGAGCUUCCAUGCGGAAAGUGACGAAGUACUUGGUUGGGCGCUUGGUUGGAUUACCACCAUGCGUCAAUGUUGCCAAGAAAAGGCCACAAUUUUGCAAUCUGUUUGUAGUUGUAUUAAAGUGUGGGCUUGCCUUUCUCUGCUAGAUGAGCAGACUUAGGUACUAGUUCUGUUUACAUUGAUGUAUACAAAAAGG